AUAGUGCUGGAGCUAUGGGGGCCCCUGUACAUAGUGUCCGCCGCUGGUGUCUAUCCUCAUGGAGGAAGCUGAGGCCGGUCUGUCCGCGCCCCGUCCACACACAGGCCUCCGGGAAGGAGACGCACUUCGGCUUCCAGACUGUGCCGGAGGAGGAGAAGGGGGAGAGAGUGUAUCAUGUAUUUGAAAGUGUCGCUACAAAGUACGACCUCAUGAAUGACUCGAUGAGCCUAGGAAUCCAUCGGCUGUGGAAGGACUGGCUGCUACGUCACAUGAACCCUACUCCAGGCUCUCAGUUACUAGAUGUAGCUGGAGGAACAGGAGAUGUUGCAUUUCGCUUUAUUAACUAUAUCCAGGCACAGAAGGAAAGACUAAACCGUAAUAGACUCCAUCAGCAAGAAAAUCUGUCAUGGUCAGACAUUUCAAAGUCUUAUAGCCAGGAACAGGAGGACUCAUUGGUGGGAUCUAAAGCUGUGAUCUGUGAUAUAAACAAGGAAAUGCUAAAAGUCGGAAAGGAGAAGUCAUUGCGGCUGGGUUAUUCUGAAGGGCUUUCUUGGGUAGCUGGGGAUGCUGAGGAAUUGCCCUUUGCUGAUGAAAAGUUUGACAUCUACACCAUCGCCUUUGGUAUUCGAAAUGUAACCCACAUAGAGAAGGCUCUUGAAGAAGCUUACCGUGUCUUGAAACCAGGAGGAAGAUUUUUAUGUUUGGAAUUCAGCCAAGUUAACAAUCCACUACUAGCUCGCAUUUACGACUUAUAUAGUUUCCAGGUUAUUCCAGUGCUUGGGGAAAUCAUUGCUGGAGACUGGAAGUCUUACCAGUACCUAGUAGAGAGUAUCCGGCGCUUUCCUCCUCAGGAGGAGUUUAAAGAGAUGAUAGAAGAUGCUGGCUUUUUCAAGGUCACCUAUCACAACUGGACAUCUGGCGUUGUGGCAGUCCACUCAGGUUUUAAAUUAUGAUUCUGUUUAGAUACAGUUUCUGUAAUAACAUGGAACUGUAAUGCAGACCAGCUAUAAACCUGAUGGGAAAGUUUUUCAAAAACUGUAUAAAUUAUUUUUUAUUAAAGAGCUUUUGCUUUAGACGUGUUCAUUAUGUUUAACUUUAAGAACAAAAAAGCAACCAUGUGAUACAGCAAGGUCAACAGAGAAAAUGGUUAGUAUGUAACUAUAUACAUGUUGAUGACUAUCUUCUUAUUUGUAUACUAGCUGAGUACCUGGCGUUGCCCAGUUUUUCCUUCCUAAUCCUUGUUGGGGGCGGAAAAU